CACUUCCUCCUCCCUGCCCUUGGAAGCUGAAGAAACCUCGCUGUUCAGGAUAAACUCAUGGCGAAACUAAGUAAAGAAACCAAACAGCGGCUGCAGCAGCUUUUCCAGUGCGGCCAGUUUGUCAUCCGAUGGGGUUUCAUCCCAACCGUGCUGUACCUCGGUUUCAAACGAGGAGCAGAUCCAGGAAUGCCGGAGCCUUCAGUACUGAGUUUGCUAUGGGGCUAAGGAACAUCUUCAUACCACCAAUCCCCUCCUCUUAUUGAGAUCAUGUAACUGACGUCAUCGGAAAGCUGGGAAAUGGACAUCACCUUUUACUUUCCUCUCCUAAAUCCUACUGGUCAAUGUCUGAGACGUAAUGAGCAAAUGCUGUCUGUUUGCGUAUUCAGUAUGAUUUUGUUACGUACACAGUAAAUGCAUAGAGUGUUUACUGAACUGUCAGUUGGAUGUUGUUUUUGGCCAUGUGUGACACUGAUGUUUGAUAAUACCACCCUUUUCAUGUGUUUCUUAUUUUUAUUUGUAAUUUAAAAUUUCUGAAAAUAAAUCUUCCAAGAAAUGA